GUAAAACCCUAAUCUAUCUAUCUAUCUGUAAUCAAUGGCGGCCAUGGAUGUGGUGUUGGAGCUGUGCCGUAGUAUCAAUGAAAAACACGAGAAUAAGAUGUGCACGUUGUAUCGGGCGCUAAUGAUGUCGUAUCAUUUGCCUUCUCUUGAGGACGUUAAACAGGCGGUGGGCAACAAUAUCUUCUACACGCUGUACGUAGAGAUCUGGUAUCGCCACCCCGGAUCAUCUUCAAUUCCAACUUUUCUCCAGAGGCUUGCAUCUUGGCAUAGCUACCGCUGUCUCUUUCAGGAUCUCAUACCUUGGAUUUCGGAUAGGCGGUUUCCUUACCAGUGGUUGUGGGACAUGGUAGAUGAGUUUGUGAAUCAAUUUCAGUCCUUCUCUGAGUUACGGGCGAAGGACCCGACGAAACUAAAAGAAUAUUACGAGGAUUGGAGUGUGCAUUAUGUUCUACUUCUUUUGGAACGGUUGGCGGAGCUGUUUCCAAAGCUAGAGGAAAAAGAUGUGGCCGGAGAGCCGAUGAGAGCAGCAGCAGCAGGUGGUUGUUGUGAUUCUGAACAUGUGUCAAUAGCUAUGGGCUACUUCAGCAAGGUUGCUUUGUUAAGAGUCCAUUGUUUAUUGGGAAAUUAUCAAACUGGACUCGACUGUAUGCGUCCUAUGGACAUAACUCAGCAAGGAUUUUACACCAGACAUAUUGCCACUCACAUCACAACCAUCUAUCAUUAUGGCUUUGCUAAUUUUAUGUCGGGGAGCUACGUAGAGGCCAUACGUGAAUUCAACGAAAUUCUCAAGACUGAGCAGCAGCAGCCUCAACAGAAAGAGCAGCGAAUGCUAGACAAGAUGCGUGAUCUGCUUGCAGUCUGCCUCUCACUUUGUCCUGAGGUUCAACUCGAACUUGUUGAUGAACGUCUCGGCUAUCAACUAAUGGGAAACCAUGGUGAAAAUAUGUUGAGAAUGCAAAGCUGUGAUGAUGCUGAUGCCAAAGCCGUUUUUAAGGAGCUUCUCUCACAUGCAUGGCCCAGAUUCACCACACCCUUUGCACGAAGCUCUGGUGACCCGCGUGAAUUUUUUAGCAUGGAAGAACUUGAAGAACUUAUCCCUGAAGGUGAGGGUGAAGAGUUUUUGGCAAUGGUAUUUCCCGGUUUUUUCGGACCCUCUGCCCCAAGCUAUGUCUCGCCACUUGCAAAUUACGAGGAGCUUGAUGCAGUGAUUGAGAAUAUGUUGAAAUCAAAACGCAAAUAAUUUUUGUUUCUGAAUGUUUUGGGUCUAAUUUCUCGAGAACAUUAUGCACUGGAUUGGAUGGAUUUUAUUGUUGUUUUGUGGUAGGAAUAGUCCCCCAGACUAGAAUCGUGUUUGAACUUGCAACUCCAAGGAUUGUUAAUAGGUUUCUUAGUAGGUGUUUUGGGCUGUUGAAUGUUGCUAUUAGUGUUCAUUUCAAGGAUUAAUUGGGCCGAGGAAGCCCAUAAGGCACAAAGACUUGCUGCUCCAGAUUCUGUUAAA